AUGGUUUGCCACACGCACAUUCUAAUCCCAAGCAGUGAAGUUGCACCAUUCCCGUGCCGGCUGCCGUCGCAACACGUCAGGAUGUGGGAACUCGAUGAUCGCGAUGUUAUUGUUCGGGGAGCAUUCCAAUUCCCCGGCUUUUUGUGCGCGCUGACGCGAUCCGUUGCGUCAGCGCAUGCGAACUGUGCCGUGCUGUGGAUACGUACGCAGCGCCGUGCUACAAUGGGCACGCGUGCUCGUAUGUGGGCCGUGCGAAAGGCU